AUAUACGUUCUAGCCCCGAGCAAUGGUGCUCCCCGAUCAAAGCCCGGCAGAAGCGAUUCUUUCAGGUCGGGACAGAGACAAGACAGCAGGAGCUGGCAAGAAGCGCAUCCCUCUCCACCCGCAGGGAUUCUACCCCCACGCCACAGCAGGGUAAGGCGAGGAUCAGAAGCGAGUUCAGGCGGCCAAAGACGAGCGAGCAUCCUCAGCAGUGUCCACGCUAACAGAGCAGCGAGUUGCAGAAGCCAGUCUGUGACUUCUGAUGGCAAAGCCAGGGGGUCUCUCGUGGGUAACACGCACGGCGUGCGGGUUUUUGACGAUGAGGGAAAGGACGUGACGCCCCGUCCGCUCUUCCAUUCAGAUCCCACUGCAGCUGUACCCAGGCAGGGCAAACUCUUGGCAUCAAGCUCUUACUUCGGGGCCACAGGAUCUGGUUUUCUCUCUUCUUUUUCCACCCAUCAGACAUCAGGAGUGAACGCUGUUUUAGGUUUGCUCUCAAGGACGUAUGGAAGCAGCAGUACUUCCGUAUCAAACGCAUCAACAACGGAGUCCAUACUAGACGAAAUAGUAGAACCUGGCUCUCGACAAGACACAACUGUUAGCUUAUCUGACGUGCAGGUGAGGCGAGAGGAGAUAAAAGAAGAACUGACAAGAGAAGACUUAGGGAGGAGAAUGGAUAUUUACCUCACAGAGACGGAAAUUAUCUGGAUAUUGGCUAUGCCACCUGCUGUGGUGUCCGUGGAAUCAGAAGAUGCUGGAAGAGUUCAGGAGCGGAAUAGGAUUUAUGUUGACAUUUGCAAAAAUAGACCUGGCAAUGAUCGCUUUGUAGAAAAAAUGAUGCAAACCAUUAACGGAGCCGUAAAGAACAAGGAAGUGCAAUGUGACAAAAUCAUCAUGGAAGAUAAAGGGCUGAUGGCCACUUCUUGGGACUUGUACGAUUCAUUUAACCCGUCAGAAAUAAAACCUGCACCAAAAGCAGAAGGUAGCAGAGCUACGACUGGGAAAAGCAGCAAAUCUCACACACCCAAAACCCACAAUCAGACUACGUCUGUCUCUUCUGACAGAGACAGCACAACUUCUACAAUGAUUGCGGAAGGUGCUGUCCUUGCCAGAAUCCACAAAGAGGAAGAAUGCCGUUCAGAAGCUAUAUUAACCUCAGAAAACUUUCAGCAGGAUUUAUUUUUCAUGGAGAGGAUUCUAAUGGAGAAUAUUUUUCAACCCAAACUUGCAGCUUAUCGGCAGCUUCCUGUCCUUACAGACCCCGGCGUUACAACAGACACUAGUGGUACAGCAGCAGCCAGGAAAGAAGCUAAACACGGGGAGCGUGACAAGGAAAAGAAGAAGGAAGAGCAGAAGGAAGGGUUCAUUGAGCCAUCAGUUCUGUCAGAUCUCAAGGAAACCUCAGAAGAAAUUGUACCUCCCCGACUGGAAUGGCUGUGGUCAUACAUGUGUGAUUUAACUAAUGGUCACAGCGUGAGCACUAUGGCUUGGAGCAAAGCAAACCCAGAUCUUUUAGCUGUUGGUUAUGGAGCAUUUAAUUUUAAAGAACAGAAGAAAGGCUUGGCUUGCUGUUGGUCACUGAAGAACCCCAUGUGGCCAGAGCGUAUUUUCCGGUGUGAGCAUGGUGUUACUGCUUUGGAUUUUUCUACAGCAAGCCCAAAUCUUUUAGCAGUUGGAACGUACGAUGGUUCUGUCGCAAUCUAUAACGUACGGAGUUGUAAGGACGCCGCGCUUUUGGACAGCAGGGAAUCCUCAAAUAAACACACGGGUCCUAUAUGGCAACUGAGGUGGGUGGAACAGGACAGAGGGGCAACAGGAGAUGGCAAAAGAGAGACAUUAAUCUGUAUCUCAGCAGAUGGCCGGAUAACCGAGUGGCUUAUACAGAAAAGACUAGAUUGCACUGAUCUGAUGAAAAUAAAGCGAACAGAAAGUGAGAAGAAAAAAUUACCAGGUGGGAAAGAAAGGAAAAAAGAAGUUCUGAUAUCUCAACAGGCAGCUGGAAUGUGCUUUGACUUUCAUCCAAAGGAUGCUAAUUUUUAUCUUGCUGGAACAGAAGAGGGUCAUAUCCACAAGUGUUCCUGUUCAUGCAGUGAGCAGUUUCUAGAGACGUACAGAGGCCAUAAGGGUCCAGUGUACAAAGUCGCUUGGAAUCCCUUCAGCACUGACACGUUCCUAAGCUGCUCUACAGACUGGAGCAUUAUUUUAUGGCACCAGGAUUCCCAAACGCCCGUGUUAACUUUCACUUCCAUCCCUGCUUUUGUUCAUGACAUUAUGUGGUCUCCAAAAUCAGCCUUCGUAUUUGCAGCAGUGAAUGAAAGCAGAGUAGAAGUUUGGGAUCUUAGUGUCAGCACCUUGAACCCCGUCACCUCUUGCUUGGCCAAGCCAGGAGCAAAAUUCACGUCUGUCCUCUUUGCCAAGACUACCGACUGCCUCCUGGCAGGAGACACUCAAGGGGAAGUCAGUGUGUUUGAGCUGCACAACCUGCCUGCUCCCCCCAGCGAUAAGGUACGACUCACUGGGAGAAGGUGGUGCUCCUCAGAGGCCCACAUGCUUGGCUGCUACUUCGUUCCUCAGAAAGGGAUUUCUGCUAAUAAAUACCGAAAUAGGUGCAAUCAGACACGAUUCCAUAACCCGGCUGAAAGCUGAGGUGGUUCCUGCUCUCCUUCAUGCCGUACCCCUAGAAACUUGAGGAACAGGUAAGUCAGUGUCAAACUUCAGGUUUCACUGGAUCGCAAAUCCAGAGGUUGGCCACAGAUGGGUUUGGGAGAGGCACUGGGGCAAGGGCAGGAAAGUGGUGCUUCCUCCAAACGCGGGGACACACAUAGCAGGACGCCCUCACCUGCUGAGAAGGCAGGCACGACCUGCCCUCUCCUGGCCACCUCCAAGAUAGCCUCGCCGUGGCAGCAAACCCGCUAGCCCUCUGGCUCUGCACUGCCUUCAGCCCCGAGCACCCGCUCCUUACCCCACUGAGGGCUGUUCCCUCCUAGCUGACAGGCGAGGAUUUGACUUGCCCCAAGACUAGGUUCCGUUCCGAUCCUACCAUUGCACAGAUUCCCUCUCACCUGCAGUGUACAAGGCCAACUGGGCAUCCCUUCUCUGCGUUUCUGCAUAAAUCUGGGCUAAUUUACACCAAAGCCCCUGCCGGGUCCAAAAUCCUGACGCUACCCUGGGUACCUCCAGGAUCUACCUGCCAGUGGCCUGUGGCCCCAAACUGCGCUGCUCCCUCUGUCCUUCCAGCUCUGAGCGAGUAGCUUUGGCUUUAUGGGACUUGGCUUCCCAAUCCGUAAAGCAGGCCUGGUACUUCGUGAAACCCCUUCGGAGUUACAGGGUGCGAAUCACUAAAAGUUGGAGAACAAAAAUGCCGAUGUUGAUCUAAGCUUCAUUCUUAGGGUAUUAAGCAUUAAUAAUUCACAAUUUUUAGCACAUUUUAAAAUGCGGGUAAUUACCAGCCUCGUUUACUAAGUGCUGUAAGCCAUCAAAGAUAGUUUCUUUAAAAACUAGAAGUGAGGCCAUUGUUGCUAAAUUUAGAAAAUAAAAUUAUUUUUUUUCCUACAAAUCGCCACGAAGCAGCCCAAGUCCUCUGAGCAGAGUUCUUCUGUUAAUAAGAGUACAGGGAGAAUUUUCUGGCUAUGUCGCCAGAACAGGACUGAAAAUAUCAGUGCUCAAUUUCACAGAUUUUGGGCACGUGGCAUAAGUGGCCACUGAGUCAUGGAGCCUCGUUAGCACCAUCCAUCUUCUUCACUCCCCUUUCUGGUAACAGCAGGGUCUUCCUCAGCUUAGGUCUGCACAAGGCUCAGCACGACAGGGGCUAUGCUACAACUAACGCUAAGGGAAAUGAUCACUUCGCGGGCGAUUGGACCGCUACCAUACGUGUAUCAUCUUGAAAAUUAAUUCCCUUCAUAAACAAGAUAUACAUUUGUAAUGCUGCUAAGCGUGGCGCUGCACAUGCCACCCAGAGGCCCGUUUUCAAGGAGCACUGUUAGAGGGAAGCACAGUAUUAACAGAAUUCCCAAGCAGACAGUGAUCCGAACCACCUUCACCUGCUUUCUGGGUGCUCGUUGCACAAGCAGUUCUGUUCUCAGUUCAUCAACAAGGAUUUGGGAUCACUGCAUGUCUUACACUGCAAUUACACUCUCAUACAGCUCUUUUUUUCCCUCUUGUUCUACAGGUUGAUACCUUAAAGGACAUAAUUGGUCCUGCUGUAGGUCUUUAACAGCAGCUACACGAUUGCCCUUCUCAGCUGGUAAACAGCAAGAAAAGAUUUAUUGUAGCAUUAAC